UCUUUAGUUCAUCUCAUAGCUUCCGUCAACGUUAGUUCCUAACAUUAUCAACACAUAAAAAAAAUUCAACCCCAAGAAAAAACCCUAACCCCUCUCUGGUAGUCUGGUUCACAGCACCAUCACCACCCUAAUGAGUCUUCUUUCCUGGUUCAAGGGCAAGCCACAGUCCCAACCCAAAUCCAAGCCUAAAUCCACCUCAAAACCCGAAACCCCGGCAGUUGAGGUGCCUGGAAUGAAUGGCGCAGUAGAGGUUCCUCGUCCAGCAGUUGGGAUCACUGUUUUUGAGUUCGGGUCGGUCGCUGCAACCGGAGACAAAGUGACUCUCGCUGGCUUCUGUCCCGUGUCUGAGGAGCUCGAGCUCGAGCCCUGCCGCUUGGAGAUUCUUCCGGCUAUUGGCGACGACGCACCGCAGUUCCGCGUAGUGUUCUGAACUUCUGAGAGAGUGAAAACAAUCUGGUAUGUAACUUGUAAUAAAGUAGAUGAAAAGGAGAGAAAAUGAAGUUCUUUUUUGCAUUUAGAUAUUGAAGUAAAAAGCCUUUUUCGACCAACUGUCUGAAUUUGUUGUCUUCUAUGCUUUUAUGUUAAAUUUGUUUGUGAA